AUGACAAAUAACUUUAUAGCCGGAAAUAAUGUAUCCAUGCCUCAUAAUAUAGAUCUCAUGAAAAGAAAUCAAGAUUAUAAUAAUUUAGAAAGUGAUGGAAAACACGCAGACAGAUAUGAGAUCAAAAAUCUACCUAUCCGAGUAAACAAAAAUAAACUUAAAUUUAGAAGAAAGAUAGCUUGUAAGAAAACAAAUUUCAAUGAUUUUGAUAAAUACGAACCGACUAAAUGCUAUGGAAAAUAUUGUGAUAUUUUUACAGCCUAUAAAGAAGUUACAAAUAAUACUAGAGACAUUUUUAAAUCUAUUGAAACAGAUAAAUUAAAAAAAGACUUUAAUUAUAUUGAAUUAAUAAGUACUACACCUACACUGCCAGAUUUUAGCAUUCUAGAAAAUUCCAAUAACUUUUUUGACUUAUCGUCCCCGAGGUCAACUAAUGAUGCUAACCGAAUUCUCAGCACAGCUGAAAUUGAAGCAGUUUUAAAUGAAAUCAAGCAUAGAGAAAUACAAAAGAUUGCAGGACAUGAACCCUCUCUAGCUAAUGUUAUUACUAAUACCAUUAUUGAGACAACAUAUUCGUCGAUAUUGGAUUUAAAAGCAUAUUCAAAUGAAAACAAGUAUACCACGACUAGAAGUAUUAAGAAAACCAAAAAGAAACCACUAAAUCAUCUCUUUCAGAGAUCUAUAAAAGAAGAGUGUUCAACAUUGGGCUCAAAAUAUAGAAAA